AUGGCUGACGUGACGUCGCAGAAGGCGCCACCUGUUGCUGGGGUGCCAACGCCGCCAGCUGCUCAUCCCCCAGUGAAGGUGUCGGUAAAAAUGCCUUACGUGUUGCCUAGGCCACCGCUUGCUCAGCUGGCAUCAAAGAAGGCUCCUGUUUCGAAACGGAAAAGGGACAGUGACGAGGACGACGAGGAUGUGACGGUGCUCGGACUUGCAAGUGUCUCCAAGAGGCCAAGGCCGGAAGAGCUCAAAAGGCGGGGGCGAGCGCUUUCGGAAAGCGGCAGCGACAGCGACAGCGACAGUGGUAGUGAUUACGACAGCAGCAGCAGCAGCAGCCAGAGUAGCAGCAGUGAAAGCAGCCGAAGCAGCGGAGAUGAGGACGGAAGUUCUUCGUCCUCUACGAACAGCUGCAGCAGCGACGAGCCCACGCUGUUUCAGAUUGCAAAGGCGAAGGGUCUUGUCGGCGACUGCGUCGAGAAUAAGGUGGACGAGGAACCGGAGGAAGUGGCACCUGUUGGGCCACCACCGCGUCCGCCGAUUGUGCGGUCCUUCCCUAAAAAUAUGGAGCAUGCACUGCAGCGCUACGAGGAACGCUUGAAUCGCGAGGAGAACAUGAUCCGCAUCAAGGACGAUAACAAGGCAGUGUCGCUGGGCACCAGCAAGGUCAACUACAUUGACCCCCGCAUCGUGUGCUCGUGGGCAAGGGAGCACAGCGUGCCGAUAGGAAAAAUAUUUUCCGCCACACUUCAAAAAAAGUUCCCGUGGGCCAUGGGGGCAGAGAACUUUUCGUUUUGA